UUUGAGCUAUUUCCCAAAUUUAAAUACCUUAUCAGAUUCUAUCCUUGUAUUUUUCUCUCCUCUCGCGAUUCUCUCUCUUCGCGCACUUUGGCCGGCGAUUUCUCCCAACUCCGGCCACCGUUUCAGGCGAGACCGGUCCCAAAAUCUUCCUCUCGACGUCCUCUUUCUAGCCUAGUCAUUUUCACAGCUCAAAAACUCAAGGAUUGGCUGCUGGAACGACGGGAAGUUUCGGCAGCCGCUGCCACCGUCGCCGUCGACGUUUCCGGCCACCUCACGCUGGUUCAAAAUUGGGUUCUGAUUCUGAACCAAAGCAAAUUCAUUGCAGCAUCGCACCGCAGGGAGUUGAUCGAUCCAACUCAGCCCCACUGUUGAUUGGAGUGGACGUGGUUCUGUAACUUUGGGGUCAGGAAAUAAUUUUGCUCUUUAUCAAUUUUGGCAUAGAGAUUUUACAAGUACAAAUAUGGAGCCCGAGGUGGUUCAUGCAGAGCUGGUGUUGCCAACCCACUUGAGCUUCAAGCGGAUUCAGAUGUACGAGAAGUACCCAAAAGGCCAAUCAAGAGGGAGACACUGGAAACACCUCAAGCAGAUCAUUCAGGCCGAGAAUUACCAGAAUUACCCACCCAAUGAACCCAAUUAUGUUAAUAUAGAGUUGCCGCCCUCUAUGCAUCCAUGCAAGAGAAUUUGUGAUAUAACAGGAUACGAGGCACCUUACUAUGAUCCAAGGACCGGCCUCCGCUAUGCCAAUGCUGAUAUCUUCAAGCUCAUAAGAUCUCUCCCCAAUGAAUAUGUCCAAAGAUAUCUGGCUCUCAGAAAUGCUGCUGUGGUUUUGAAGUAACAUUUGGUACUUUUCAGCUUCUCAAGGCGGGAUUCACUUUUUCUCAGCUUCAAUUAUCCUUGAAACUGGAAAUAUUGUAACUGUGGUAUGUAUGCUUAAGGAAAUUUGCCUUGAAGUAUUAAUAAUUUAAAUAAUAUCAGAGAUACACUAGUGUAUAUCAUAGUUUGGCAUUUUCCUGUUCCCAAGUUUAUUUUUGAUGUGUAAUAUGAGUAGUAUUAUUUCAAAUUUAGUAAUAAAAAUAAUGAGGUAAUGAUGCAAAGUGGACCUGAA